GGCAGCCGUUCGGGCCGGGCUGCGUUCGGAUGCGCUAAAAACGUACGACCCGAGCCCGUCGACGCUCAGUCGGCUGUAGACGUUCGAGACAAUAGCAUCGGGUCGUCGCUGUUCGCUCUGUGCUCUCCCUGUACAUAAAGCAAAGUAACUAGUGCGCAGAAGGCAUACAUAACAUACAAAAAAAGUUCAACUGUACAUAAAGCAAAGAGUUUCACACACAUUCUACCUGCCGCCGUCUGCCGUUCGUGGAGAGCAAAACACAAACACACAAGUAUAUAAGUAGAAGCAGCAGCCGGAGCAGUGGAUACAAGGCAAAGCAAAGGGGGAAAUACAGAAAAAAAAUAACAAGAGCGAACGGGUUUCGUUCAGAAGUGAUAUCGUAAUCUGUGAAGUUAUACUACUAAGUGGAGAAUCAGAAGAGUUAGCCGAUACCGUGCGUUUUGGCUACUUCAUUGGGAGAUUGUCGCCAAAAAUCUACACAACCGAAGAAGCGUUAGCGCAACGCCUACUGCAGAUCAGAAGCAAAGUGGUUGCAAGAAGUGUCGUCGCCCACGCCGAGGAGAGUCCUGCUCAAAACAAAACACACAACUUGGAGCAGACGCCCACGACGAAGUCGUGUGUAGGAGUUGCGAAAGCGAAGAGAAGCGUGAAGAGUUAGCGAGGCUAAUCGAUACGGAAGUUCACCUUUCACCAGCGACUGGUGGAUCAAUCCGGGGGAAGAAGAAGAAGCGAAGCAGCACCCGUUAGACCGUCGAUCUCGCGCGAGUGUGAUUGUGGUGAAUCGUGCCGUAACGGUACACAGCGCAGCUUGAACCGCCGUUACGCGCAGAGUUUGGAAAGUUUCGGUUGAAGUGAUUGUGGUUAGUUCCGGAAGCCCGAGUACGCGUCAACGUUGCAAUAAUUGAACACAACGAGCAGCUCGUACAACCUCCGGUGGUGGUUGCCGAAAUUCGUGGUAGCAGCAGCGGAAGCAGAAGCCCAACGAUGCCGAGCAAGCAGGCCAACGACGUGCUAGCGGUCGAAGAGCUGGUCCAUGAAAUCCGCGAAAACCUCCGCCUGAAAGCCAAACCCGCCCACCAGCCAACGCGAAGCUCGCGGCCCUCGCCGUACCACAUACCGUGCCGGUCCUGGUCGGAACCGGCGGUAUGCGGCGGCCAGGGCGAGAAGCGCUCCCUCCACAAGUCCUGCAAGAAGCAAGAGGAGGAAGCGAUAGAGGACCCGUACGAGUUCCUGCAGACGCUGCUGAAGAACAACAACCUGGUGAAGGAGGCCGUGCGGAGGUUACAGCAUGGGCUGUCGCCCAAGCAGCGGUACUUCUACGAGAGUGACGGCGAGGAGUCCCGGUCACCGAUCGUGGUGAUGUGUCAGCUAGAGUCCUAAGUUAUCCUAUACACAAAUCUGUAAUUUUAUUCUUACCGAUAAGUUAAACACUACUACUACUACCGUGUAGAGUUGAGAAUGAAUGCUAGCUGAGAGUGCGGUGCGUUGGAUUCGGCAAAACGAAACUUCAGCCCCCGGGGGUGUGUGGAAAUCGUACGGCACAGCCCUCUCAAGAAACGCUGAGCGUACGAGCGUGCAAACGUGGAUGAGUUUUCUGUAUAAAAAAGUAAUUUAUUUAUUGUAGAUCAACCAAUUCAGAAUCGCCGAAGAAAUUUAUUAUAAAGGGAAGUUUAGCUUUUUUCGUUAUCCUCGCGAGUGAAAGUGUCGAUCAAUGUGAGCAAUUUUCCCCUCGAGAAACAAACCCCCCACCCAUCACGUAGUCCGCGAUUUAUUUAUAAAAUCGUCCGAUCCAAGGAGCCCGUGUUUGGGGGGGCCAACUCUACAAAAUCGAUAACGUCAGACACGCACACCACCACAGCGCGUGGUCCGGGGUGUUGUCCUGGGGUUUUUCAUUCUUUCACCUCGCGGACUAGUAUUGGUGCGCUAGUACAGCCGAACCCCAUUCAAAUAUGUCUGCUGACCUUUGAGCGCGCGUACGCGCGACGAGACAUGUCAGUGUGUGUGUGUGCGUUCGAGCGAAAAAAAGAUGAUGCAAUACUAGAGCGUCCGGUAAUCGCGAAUUCUUGACACUAAUUGGAUAACGUGACCGCGAUAACGAUCGAGAAACAGAACGAGUUGAACUCGGCGUUAUCGACGGGAGGAGUUCGAGAUUUCUCGAAAUUCGCUGACGCGAUCCAAGUAGGCGCGUUUGCAUGUGUUCGUGAGCAAAAUAGUAGUACUCUCCGUCGUCGUCGUCGCCUGCUGCGAGUGUAUUGCGCGCAUUCACAAAACACAGAGUCGCGCUCAAAACAUUCAAAAUGGCCGCCGUUUAUUUACGUUUAUAAAUACGAAAUGAAAACAUGUCGAGAGGAAUCGCUGAAGAGGAUGGGAAAUUGCUCAUCUGUGAUCGUGUCGAGGCAAGAAAGUGUAAGGAAAAAAGCUAAACGGCUCGGGUUUGUUUUGCGAACGUUUUUCUUUUCAGUUGCAAUUUUUAUCACACAAACACACAAGUCGUAGAAUGGCGCAAAGUAAAAGUCGUUGCGGCCCAGUUUAAAUUUUUUUAACGAACGUUCUAGAAGAAGUUUUAAGCUUGGUUUGACGCCCCCUUUAGAUUAAGGAUAAUACAUUUUAGGAGUAGCAUUUCGUUUCACCUCGUCGUAGAUAAAGUUUGACGUUUGUCACUGGAUUAAAAAAGCAUCCAUCAUAAGGACUUCGAAAUUGUUCGUUGCUUUCGUUUUUAAUUUAUUUAUUCGAGCAGAAUGUUAUUCACUAUAUUUUAAUGGUUAAAAUACUACAAACUAAACAAACAAAAAACUACAUAAAUCGUACAGGAGGUAAUACAAACCGGUGUAAUUUCAUGAAAAAAACACCCUUCAGUUUGUGGCUGUGCUUUCUCCUUUUUCAAAAGACUGAUAAUAAGCUUAUAGAGAUGCCCUGUUUUCGUUUCGUUUUCGUCUGUUCCUUCGCGGCAAAACGAUCUGUUUCAAUUUGAAAAAUAUUGCGAGUUUCGAAAAAAGCUUGCACUUAUGUUCCAAUUGGAACUGCGCCAAGCAGCGGACGAAAAUAUUUGAGUUAGGGACAGAAAAGGGAAAACAAUCAAGCUUAAAACUUUGGCCAACCCCCAAUCAGUUCGCAAAACAUUCACCGAAUGGAAUUAACAACAUCAUUUCCCCACCCUUGAACAAAACUGAAAAAAAAUCACACGCGAAAAUAGACUACAAAACUCAUCGAAAUGUGUGCUUGUAAAUUUUUGCACGAGUUGUUUAGAUAGGCUUCUAAUAGAAUAUUACAAUUUCAAAAUUUUCUCUACCGUGUAUUGAAAGUUUUUACUCUAACUCUCACACAAACACACACACACACACACAUACCUGUAAACACGUUUAUAAACAUAUAGUUGUUUCUCUGUCCAAAGACAAAAAUUUCGAAUUCCCCUCUUCGUCUCAAAACAAAACGAAGCAAAAAAAAUCAAUAAACAAAAACGACACUCUACCCAAUUAGACUGUUUAGGAAUAUGAAACAACCUUUAACAAGUAUGUAAAAACUAGAAAUCUGUAAAUUAAACGUGUAUCUCACUAUUUUCCUGCUAAAAAAUGUUAAACCCAACUAACUAAACUUUCUUUUCCUUCUGAUUUAUCGAUCGUUUUAUUUGAUAGAUUCAAUUUAACACACAAUUACAUACAUAUAUACCAAGUAUACUGGCAAUUUGUUUUGCGUUUUCUUCUGUUAUUCUAUUUUUAAACUUAUUAUUUUUCUCAAAAAGCCUUUGCUCAGUUUUUUCUUAUCGUAGAGGAAAUGAAGCACAGAGGAAAAUUGCAAGCAAACAUCCAACUGAGACACAACACAUUACAAUCCGUUUUAGGAUUUUCCCCCCGAAGGUUAGAAAGUUUAUUAAACCAAACACCCGAUUUUUCCAAAUUAUUUCUGUCCACAUUUCAACACACGCUUAACAAGAAAACCCUACAACAUGUGUUUUUUACGUUAUUUUUUGGUCGAUGUGUUCUUAAGCCGCUUAAGAUUAUUUGUAUUUCUUUUCUGUUGAAAAGUAGCGCAGCGUAAAAUACUCUUCGGAAUUGUAGGGCAGCAAAAAAUCCCACACGCACGAAAUUAUCGUUUUGCAAAAAAAAAAAAAAAUACACGCAAAAAGAAAAUUCAACAAAUCCAACACCACAUUUCGUCUCCGGAGAUCCAUUCUCAACCCCCCGAGUCCCGCAAAUAGAGUCCUAAAAUAUGCUAACGUACGCUUACUCCAAUCAUUUUGUCGAUUGUGUGUUUUCCGUUUGUUUUUCUUUUUUUCCGUGUAGAGUUUUGCUUUUCCGUGGUAGCGAACGCGACAACACACAACUCGAUUCAAGUAUGAGAAAAUCAGAAGAAGAAAAAAUCCUUUGAAAGAAUGAUUUAGAAUAGAUCUUUUAGUCUCUGUGUGUAGUUGUAAACGAAUUAAUAACAGUGAAGGAGGAGGAAGAAGAAAAAAACGAUGAAAAAUCCCAAAAAGCCAUUUAUGCAGUUUUCAAACUUUAAAACAAAACAAAUCUAGAUGUGAAAGCAUGCAAAACAAAACAACAGAUUAAGAAAGGAGAGAAGGUGAAGAAAACAAGUUAUAACACAACUCAAAUUCCGUUCCGUCAAAAAAGCAAAACACACAAGUUUUACCGUGUAAGAUGUUCGCAGAUAAACAGCAGAGAGAAAAAAAAACAUCAUAAACAUUAAAACCCGUUAUAAAGUAGAGCAAAAAACAGCAACAACAAAACAGUGUAUAGUUCAACCGUUAGUCUCUUUCUACUCAAGAAAAAACAACAACAAGUAAGAAGAUAAAAAGAAGCUAGAUAACAGCUCCCGAAUGGUGGUAAAUAGUGGUAAACAUGUAGGCUAGUUUGGUAUUUAUCGAAAGCAAAAGUAAUAAAAAAAUAUAGAUAACUUUUGAAAAGUUAUUCAAAACAAUGCAUUUAAUUACCAUCUUUGACAGCGCAGUAGGCAUGGAAGUAAAACGAAAAUGUCCAUCAAUGGAACGCAAAGACACUCUUACACACAAACACCCACACGCCACACAUCCUUACACCAACACUGGAAAAAAAAUCACACACACACACAAACCUUUAUUUUUCGGGCAAAACGAGUAUGAGCGGCUAGAACGGCGCUGAGCAAAACAAAAAGAAGAAAAAAAACUGUUUCUGUUUUUUAACAAUUUUACAACAGCAACAAUAACAAUGUUCCUUGGUACCUAAUUAAUUAAUAUCAUAUAAAAGUAAACUUAACAACUAUUGCAAAACAAAUUUAAGAUUAUUAGUAACGAAAUAAGCGCAGCAAAAAAAACACAAAAAUUAUGCGUGCAUGUGUAAAAAAAAUCAACUUAAAAUGCAAGUUACAUUUAAAAAAUCCAUUAGCAAAAACAGGGUAGUUCUGUGACAGACACACCUACACCGACACUGACAUUUGAAACAUUUGGGACGGCACGGCGAAAAGAUCCGGCAUCUGUUUUCAGUGAAAUUUGCUCUGUUUUCUUUUGUAAAUAGUCGCAGCUUUAAGGGACAUGAAAAAAACAAACACAAAUCAAACAAAUAUUAGGCAAAUCAAUUUCUGACUCCGAUUCGGAAAUUUAAAACUUAAAAAAUAGACAAACAAAAACAAUACUUGAAAAACACGAAAACAAGAAAAAACAACGGUUGCAUUAACAACAAAAAAAGUAAUGUAGAAGAAAUUUGGUCGUGGCAAGACUCGAAAGGCUAUUUUAGAAGGAAAUGCAAAAGAAUAAUAACAAUUAACGAGACAUGUUUCGUUACAAACGUCACACUGGAGUGUAAACAAACACAAUUUCGACAUUAUGAGAGAAAGUGUGUACGUGUUGUUUUCUACCCCCUCCUCAUUUACCUAUUAGGAAUUGGAUUUUGAGUGACUUUUAUCCGAAUAUUUUGCAACUUUUGAACACACUGAACAAAAAACCCAACACAAAAAACACACACACACAUCCUCAUCCAAACCCGAGUUGUGUAGGACGAAUUGUAAAGUAGUUGAAAAUGACCGAUGGGCAAAAAAAAAGAAAUAAAAAGAAAAAAUCUGUAAAAUCCAAAAAAUAAACUGUAAUAACAUUUAAGGAACUCCCUGUUGUAAAGGAAAUAAAAUAUGAAAAAUGAAACAAACAAAAAAACACUGAAAUAAAAAUUAGUGCAUAACUAAUGAUGAAAAAUAA